AUGAGGAAACUGAGGCUUAGAGAAGUGAAGCAUGCAACUUACGCCUCUCUGGCUCUGGGACCCAGCCAGAGUGCUCUGUGCUGUCUGCUCCCAGGAGGAGAGGCCGCCAGGGGGCGCCCCGCUGGAUGUGGCUGCCACCGCGAUGUACUCUGGGAAGUCCACACCUGCUCAGCAGGUGCCGGUGUCCAGAACAAACAGGGGGCCGGGAGCCCCGAGGCCUUGGAGAUAAGGCCUGCCCGGGAUAUAUCCUGUGUGCACAUCGGGUGCAGAGGUGCGCAGGGCUCCAGGGACGGUGGCAUUGGACGUACCCAGAGGGCAGCAAGAGAGAGUCCAGGGCCUCACAGAGCGGCCAUGGACCCUGCGGGGGCAGCAGAUUCCUCAGCGCCCCCGGGCCCUUUGACUCACCUGAGCCUGCAGGACAGCUCGGAGGUGCGGCUGCAGAGCGGAGCUGACGUGGGGAGCCUCCCGGGCAGUUGGACCAGCUCAUCCCCAGAGCGCACCGCCGUACUGAGGGACGGAGUGCGAAGCUGCCUGCAGCACGGGUGCGAGCAGACUGUGAGGAUCCUGCACGCCAAGGUGGCCCAGAAAUCCUAUGGAAAUGAGAAACGGUUCUUCUGCCCCCCGCCCUGUGUCUACCUCACCGGUCCCGGAUGGAGGGUGAAGCCAGUGCAGGGCCAAGCCCACCAGGCAGGGGAGACCGGGGCCACCGUCUGCGGUUACAUGGGGCUGGACGGCGCGUCUGGCAGUGCUGCCGAGACGCAGAAGUUGAAUUUCGAGGAGCAGCCGGACUCCAGGGAAUUCGGUUGCGCCAAGACCCUGUACAUCUCGGACGCCGACAAGAGGAAGCACUUCCGACUGGUGCUCCGCCUCGUGCUGCGAGGGGGCCGGGAGCUGGGCACCUUCCACAGCCGCCUCAUCAAGGUCAUCUCGAAGCCCUCGCAGAAAAAGCAGUCGCUGAAAAACACCGACCUGUGCAUAUCGUCCGGCUCAAAGGUCUCCCUCUUCAACCGCCUGCGCUCCCAGACGGUGUCCACACGCUACCUCUCUGUGGAGGACGGGGCCUUCGUGGCCAGUGCGAGACAGUGGGCUGCCUUCACGCUCCACCUCGCUGAUGAACACUGUUCCCAAGGGGACUUCCCACCUCGAGAGGGCUACGUCCGAUAUGGCUCCCUGGUGCAGCUCGUCUGCACAGUCACUGGCAUCACACUACCUCCUAUGAUCAUCCGCAAAGUAGCCAAACAGUGUGCACUCCUCGACGUGGACGAGCCUAUCUCCCAAUUGCACAAGUGCGCCUUCCAGUUCCCAGGUGGCCCUCCAGGAGGGGGUGGCACCUAUUUAUGCCUUGCCACAGAGAAGGUGGUGCAGUUCCAGGCCUCUCCCUGCCCCAAGGAGGCGAACAAGGCGCUGCUCAAUGACAGCUCCUGCUGGACCAUCAUCGGCACCGAGUCCGUGGAGUUCUCCUUCAGCACCAGUCUGGCGUGCACGCGGGAGCCGGUCACGCCGGUGCCCCUCAUCUGCACCCUGGAGCUGAGCGGCGGGGGCGACGUGGCAACGCUGGAGCUGCACGGGGAGAACUUCCACGCGGGGCUCAAGGUGUGGUUCGGGGACGUGGAGGCAGAGACCAUGUACAGGAGCCCGCGGUCCCUGGUGUGCGUGGUGCCCGACGUGGCGGCCUUCGGCAGCGACUGGCGCUGGCUGCGCGCUCCCAUCACGGUGCCGGUGAGCCUGGUGCGCGCCGACGGGCUCUUCUACCCCAGCGCCUUCUCCUUCACCUACACGCCGGAAUACAGCGCCAGGCCGGGUCCGCCCAGCGCCCCGAAGCCCGCGGGUGAUGCGGACGCGCUCCUAGAGAGCAUCCACCACGAGUUCACACGCACCAACUUCCACCUCUUCAUCCAGACCUAGGAGCUGGUGGUGCGGCCGGGCGGGGCGGGGCGGGGGCGGGGCUUCACUGGGCCGCCCCGCCCCUCCUUUAUAAAGGGGAAAAGGCAGCUCCUCCUAGAAACCUCGUCUUACAUUGGGCUUACGAAGACACAACUUUUUUUUUUUUUUGGUUUUUCUCCGGUACCGGGAACCGAACUCACGCCCUUGCGCUUGCCAGGCAGGCGCUUUUGCCGCUGAGCUAAAUCCCCAGCCCCUGUGUGUGUGGUUCUUGUCCACUUCAUCUCACUCUCCUUCAAUCCAUCAUUCGAUCACUGACCUAUCCCUGCCUUGGUAACUUGGCUGUAGGUCUGUCUAUGUGUUUCUGUUCCUCCAUCUUUGUCUUUCUAGUUCUCCCUGUCUUUUACACAAUAGCGCACACUCCAAGAAGCCAAACCGGGAGUAUUUUCCUCCAACGACCUAUAUCCCCACUUGAAGAUAAAGUCCGUAGCCAGGCAGAAGAGAAGGCCUGGAGCAUGGCCAGCACACCCUUGAGCACCACAGAGUCCCACCCUGUCCUAGGUCUCACCUGGAACGCUGGACUCCCCUGGACUCCUAGACUCCUGCCCUGGGGCACUAGCUGGAGACCUGUACUCCCAAGGGCUGGAGCUAGCACAGUAACCUUGCCUGGGCCUACCUUGUCAAUCCUCUCAGAGGCAACUGGUAUCCCUGAGGCCCUGUCCCUGCACCAGAAGCCAACUCUGGUACCUAGCUAUCUUACUAGUUGUUUCUCAUCCCAAGCAGGAAUGCACCCGAAGCCCAGAGACAAACAUAGGAGCUCUUCAGAACAAAGAUCCUAGGAGAACCCAGGCAGAACUCUUGGGAUAACUGGGCAAUAAUGCGUAUUGAAAGAGGGGCUCCUCUGUUUGGAACCAGCACACUGAAUCACAAUCCAUCCCUGCUCAGCCUGCUUACACUGUGCCUACUCUGUGCUUUCCAGGAAAGAAGAAAAGAUAAUUGGGGCUGGGGACUUAGCUCAGCGGCCCAGUG